GUGUGUGACUUGUCCAAGGUCACCCAGUGGGUUUCCGUGGCUGAAAGGGGAUUCAAACAAUGGUCUCCAACCAGUAUACCACAUUGGCUCUCAAGUUUGACUUAGUGUCAAUGUAAGUCAGAAAUAAGUUGAAAGUACUCAUUAAUACCACAAAUAUACAUGGUUGUUUGCCAGGAGCAAAGAAAAUGUAGUCAGUGGACCCCAUGUAGCCAAGUCCCUGAAAAACCCUCUGAUCUACCUAGUGCCCCCCCCGGGGGGGAGGAACAUCACCUCUCAAGUGCCUUAAAGAAUGGCGUUUUAUGUUAAAACACUCCCAAAACUUCCUUCGUAUGUCAGGAAUCAGCUAAAUAAUAGAAAAAAGCCCAGUGAAUUAGAUGUGGAUCUGGAAGUGACAGUUCCAGUUACUUCUGGGCUGGAUUUUGGCCAAUUUUAACCAAAAAUGCGGUACAGUCCAUUGAAUGGGGGUAGAAAAGUGGGGAAACAGCCUCCUCCUUUGCCUUUGGUAUAUUCAAAUUUAAUGCAAGUGUUUAUCCUAAUUUGUUUCUCUCCAACCCUCCUCUUUAACUGAUGGAUUUUGUCUUUUGUGGUAAUGUUUAUAUGAUUGUCCUAAUAGGUUUGGAAUUAAACUCAUCAAUGUGCAAGAAAAAGAUGUGGGGGUUGUCUACACUGAACAAAUAAAUUCAGCUUCAAAUAAAUUCAGCUUCACCUUGCAUUUUUCCAGGCUGCAGUGACCCUAACUGGAAAUGAAGUGAAUAUGAAUUCUUUUACCUGCUUAGACAACCACAUGAUCUGCCUGUCCACUUCAUUCCUAUUCAUCAAAAUCUUCCAAAGAAGUUCACAGAGAGGAGUGAAGAUUGUGUGACUCUCAAGAUUCUGCAAGAUUAUCAGUCUCAGCAGCCCUAGCCAGCAAGUAAAUGGCUUUGCAGGGAGGAGGAGGAAGAGUAGGGACCACCAGAGAGGGAUGCGGAUCCUCCCUUGGAUGGGGCUGAGGAAGGCAUGAGCUUCCAGGAGGAAGAGGAGGAGGAAGGCCAGCUCAAGAUGUCCUUCAAGAAGGAGACACCACUGGCAAAUGCUACUUUUUGGGCUGCAAGGAAAGGAAACUUGGCCCUCCUACAGCUGUUGCUGAAUAGUGGCCGUGUUGAUGUGGACUGCAAAGACAGUCUUGGUUCAACAGCUCUUAUGGUAGCAUCGUACUAUGGCCACAAAGAAUGUGUGCGAGAAUUGGUACUACAAGGAGCCGAUAUUAAUCUUCAAAGAGAGACUGGUGCCACUGCCCUAUUCUUCGCAGCACAACAAGGCCACAAUGAUAUUGUGAAGCUACUCUUUGAGUUUGGAGCUUCCACAGAGUUUAAAACCAAAGAUGGAGGCACUGCUUUGUUAGCUGCUUGCCAAUAUGGGCACAUGAGAGUAGUGGAAACCUUAUUGAAACAUGGAGCCAACAUCCACGAUCAGCUUUACGAUGGAGCUACUGCCCUUUUCUUGGCUGCUCAAGGAGGUUAUCUGGACUUAAUUCGGUUAUUGCUGUCUUCAGGAGCAAAGGUCAAUCAGCAAAGGCAGGAUGGGACAGCUCCAUUAUGGAUAGCCUCUCAGAUGGGUCACAGUGAGGUAGUACGAGUGAUGCUGCUCCGAGGGGCAGACCGAGAUGCUGCAAGAAGUGAUGGCACAACUGCUUUACUUAAAGCUGCAAACAAAGGAUAUAGUGAUGUUAUAGAAGAAUUGCUUAAAUUCUCUCCUUCACUUGGCUUACUGAAGGCAAGUACUGAGGAAAUCUUUGGGAUGCUCAGAACUCUAAUUCACUUAAUGCAGUUUUAUGGAUUCAGUGGAAUUUACUCCCAGAAUGGGACUUCAGCUCUCCAUGCAGCAGUUCUUGGUGGCAGUGUUAGAGCAGUAGCAUUACUCUUGGAAGCAGGAGCAGACCCAUUCCUUAGAAACAAGAAAAAUGAGCAGCCUUCGGAUCUCACAAAAAAUGAACGCAUCCUACGACUCCUGAAAUCCAGAGAAAAGCACAGAAAAAGCUAGUAUACCAUUGCAUCUCAGGAGAGAACUGAAAAAUCCUGCCUGUACUAGCUGUCAAGCAAGGCUAGUAUUUUUCUGCAGAAAUGGCAAUGUUUUGCUAAGACUCAAGCAUAUCCUGGUUCCUUCUCUUUGAAUGAGAUUAGGAUUCCUUAUGGAGUGGCACUGCUAAGGUCUUCCACUACUAAGCUCACCAGGUUUUUGUCGCUGGCUUUAGUGCAAGGAGGAUUGGGUCCCCUAGCAUAGCUUUUCUGAAUAACAGCCCUUAUUGUACCAGAGAAGUCUCCCUCGUUGCUGUAAUGUUAACUGUUCCUUGAGAUAAACCUCCUGGUGCUUCUGAAAAGUUAGACAGGCCUUUAUCCAGUGGUGUUGUGGCUAUUCCAAGCUCUAAGCAUUGUUUUUAAAAUAUAGUGGUUAGGCUCAGUUUGGUGUAAACCAUUCUUGUGCCAUGCAGAUGGCAGCUUGGUCUCCCAUAAUGCUUCAGGCAUCUUUGUACCAAUUACUCUGACUGCCUUCUUUUGCUCAUUGGUAUUAUGAAGGUCUGCAAUAAAAAUGUGGGGUAUCCAGUUACUUGUAGCACUUCCUUGUAGGGUGAGCACUUGUGUAUUGGUUUAAAAAAUGCACACAUCAUUAAAGAGAGGACAAAAGUGGACACAGUAUAUAUGAUGCAGAUUUAGAAACAGUUACCUGUAUUUCCAAUAAAAAUAAAAUAAAUCUCACUGUAGGAGGGAACUGUGGUGACCUGUGUGCCUACUCACUCUGUUGUCCAGGUGCUAAAUCUUGAUGGACAACUUUAAGGUCCCAACGCUGCCUUUUCAUAGUUCUUUAUUACUGCACAGGCAUGGAACUGGACAGCCUUUUAGAGGGCCUUCACACAGAGGAUAUCCCUCUAUAAAGUAGGACACAUGGCCGCCUUAUUUCCUUGCUAAGCCUCAUUAUUUUGCAAUAUAGUCAUAUGUGAUGAACCUACUAGAAUUCUUUUUAUAGUGAGCUCCACUUCAUAUGUGACAUUUUUGCCCCUUUUGGUAAUCUCAAAUGGAUUGUUUAUUAUUUACAUAUUUGUGAUUUCCACCUAUUUAUUAAUUCAAGUUAUGGUAUUUAAUAUUUAUUCAGGCUAGUUAAGGGAAAACUGUAUGAUUUGGCCUUUAAUUGGAGCCUGUUUUGUGUUCAAUACAAGCAUGUCCUGGAUCCCAGAGAGUUACUGGAUCUGUUCUGAACAAGCACAAAUAAUAGCUAAUGAGCUUGACAAGGAGGAAAAGUGAAUGAUAAUUGCAAUAAACAUUCCAGUCAAUUCAUACGUUUGCUUUAAUUCCGUGGUUGAGUUCAGCUAAAUAGGCAAAAGGGUACAUUUCUUUUCACAUAGCCACUAUUUUCCUUAUUUAAAAUUACUGCAAGCAUUUAGAAUAUAUAAUAUUUCUUUUCAUUGGCUUUUCAGAGAAAAAAAGUAUCAAGGAAUAUAUAGGGGAGACUAAAUCCAGUUGCCAGUCCCAGUAGUGUUUUUUAGACAGAUUUUAAAAAACACUCCUUUCCUCCUAACAAGACAAUUGAUCUUCUGCACUGCUUCCAAAUCUUAUGACUAUAGAUUUGAAAUGACUAGAACUGGACAUGUUCCAAAUGUGGCUGCACCUAGAUUAACAACAAAUGUAUUAUAACAUUAGAGUAAUAACACAGGCCUGCAAAACUGAGGGUCAUAAUUUUUAAAAAAAUGUAUGUUGGUUUUAAAGAAUGUGAUCUUCCAAAUCCAAAAAUGACCAGAUUUGCUCCAUCACAUUUUUUUCACAACUUGGUUUGAAGUUUCUAUGGUCUAAUAUUUGACUGAAUUAAAUGAUCCUGCAGAGAAUUAUCUUUCAAAGAGUAAGAAAGGUAUUAAAAUCUUCUAAUGGAAUUUCAAAAUACUUUAAUUCGCUGAUAUGAAACACAAAAAGAACAACCCCCCCCCCCAAAAAAAAUCGCACUGGAACGUCAGCAUCCACACUUAAUCAACACUGAAUAACAACUGAACUGAUAAAAUAUCAAUUUUGUGAAAGAACAAUGUGUAGUAUGACAUUUUUAUUGUGUUUUUUGAAUUCAGUAACACAAAAUACAUUUAAAACAGCUACAAUACAAGUUGAAUUUCACUUAUCUGGAAUUCCUAAAUAUUCCAAAAACCAAAACUUUUUUCAUGGGUGGC